AUGUCUGAUAUGUUUGACUACCUCAACAAACUCAACUUGAAACUUCAAAGUCAGCAGACACACCUUUCGUUUAAAGACGUUCUGGGUGGCUAUCUUUCAAAAGUUCAGAAUUGGCACCGGAAAGUUACAGAGGGAAACAUUGCUAUGUUUACCAACCUUUCACAGCUGUUAAAUCCAGAGGAGACCUUGUCUGCCCAUCUUCAAGUUGACAUUCCAGCACAUUUGAACUCACUUGAUGAUGAGUUCAAGAACUAUUUUCCUGACCUUGACUGUGAUGAAGAAGCUUUUGUGACAAACCCUUUCACUCCUGGACUAGACAUCACUGUCAUUGCAGAUGACAUUCAAGACGAGCUUUUGGAAUUGAGAUAUGAUUCGUCAGCACGCAACACGUUUCUUAAGAAAUCUCUUGCACAGUAUUGGUGUUCACUCCAGGAAUCAUACCCUUAG